GACAGGUCGAAGGAUCCCUGUUUGGCCUUUAAGAGCCUUGCACCUGCCGUCGCCCUUCUAUCUCUCGCUCCUCAUCCCCUCUCUCCGCUACGUUUUGGAGAGGACGUUGUCGAGCUUCAGGCCUGUUUACUCAGGACAGGGCGUCUCUUCAGUCUUCAGCAGAAACGAUGGCUUCCCACGUGGUUGGAUACCCCCGUAUGGGCCCCAAGAGGGAGCUCAAGUUCGCUCUAGAGUCGAUGUGGGAUGGCAAGACCCAGGCUGCCGAUCUGGAGCAGGUUGCCAAGGACUUGCGUGCUUCGAUCUGGAAGCAGAUGUCCGAGGCUGGAGUGAGCAUGAUCCCGAGUAACACAUUCUCCUACUAUGACCAGGUCUUGGACACCACUGCUAUGGUCGGAGCUGUGCCCUCCCGUUACGAGUGGACCGGUGGAGAGAUCGGGCACGAUGUGUACUUCUCGAUGGCUCGCGGAAACAAGACUAAGCCUGCCAUGGAGAUGACGAAGUGGUUCGACACCAACUACCACUACAUUGUGCCAGAGUUGAGUGGUGAGACGAAGUUCGUAUAUUCUUCUCGAAAGGCUGUGAGCGAGUACAACGAAGCCAAGGCGCUGGGUAUUGACACCGUGCCAGUGCUGGUUGGUCCAGUCACCUAUCUGCUGUUGUCUAAGGGUGACAAGAGCGCACCUAAGGGAUUCAACACUUUGUCUCUUUUAGACGCCAUUCUCCCCGUUUACAAGGAGGCCAUCACCGAGCUUAAGGGAGCUGGUGCAUCUUGGAUCCAGCUGGAUGAGCCCAAGUUGGUGAUGGACUUGGAAUCCGCUCAGUACGAGGCCUUCAAGAAGGCUUACGCUGUACUUUCAGAAGUAUCCGGGGUCAAGCUGUUGGUGGAGACUUACUUCACGGACUUGCCUGUGGAGGCUUACAAGACCUUGUGUGACUUGCCCAUUGCCGGUUUCGGAGUUGAUCUUGUCCGUGGCUCGAAGACUUUGGCCGUGAUCAAGGAACACGCACUUCCUACUGGGAAGACUUUGUUUGCCGGAGUUGUGGAUGGACGUAACAUAUGGGCGAACGACUUGGCUGCUUCGGUAAAUACUGUUAAAGAGUUGCAGGCGAGUCUUGGAAAGGAUAAUGUGGUUGUUUCGACCUCCUGCUCCCUCCUCCACUCCGCCGUAGAUCUGAAGAAUGAGACGAAGUUGGACAAUGAGUUAAAGUCUUGGAUGGCAUUUGCCGCCCAGAAGUUGGUUGAGGUAGUGGCAAUUGCGAAUGCCGUGUCCGGAAACAAGGACGAGGAGUACUUCGCGGCCAACGCAGCGGCCCAAGCCUCAAGGAGAAACUCUCCCCGCGUCCACAACAAGGCAGUGAAGGAACUUGCUGCUGGGUUGGCAGGAUCCGAGCACCGUCGUGCGACCCCCGUGUCUACCCGUCUGGAGGAGCAACAAAAGUACUUGAACUUGCCAAUUUUGCCCACUACGACCAUUGGUUCGUUCCCUCAGACUCCUGAGCUUCGUAGAGUGAGGCGUGAGGUGAAGAGCAAGAAGAUCUCGGAGGAAGACUAUGACAAGGCCAUAAAGGCUGAAAUCGACAGUGUGGUGAAGCUACAGGAGGAGCUGGACAUCGAUGUGCUGGUGCACGGUGAGCCCGAGAGGAAUGACAUGGUGGAGUAUUUUGGUGAGCAGCUGGAUGGCUUCUGCUUCUCAGCGAACGGAUGGGUACAGUCUUACGGAUCUCGUUGCGUGAAGCCUCCAAUCAUCUUCGGUGACGUGAGCCGACCGAAGGCCAUGACAGUGUACUGGUCUUCGUACGCACAGAGCGUGACCAAGAGGCCAAUGAAGGGUAUGUUGACAGGACCAGUGACGAUCUUGAACUGGUCGUUCGUGAGGAAUGACCAGCCCAGGUCGGAGACUUGCUAUCAGAUUUCGCUGGCGAUCAAGGACGAGGUGGAGGACCUGGAAAAGGCUAAUAUCACGGUGAUCCAGAUUGAUGAGGCAGCACUUCGUGAGGGUCUGCCCCUGCGUAAGUCCGAGCACGCAGAUUACUUGAGGUGGGCAGUGCACGGGUUCAGAAUCACCACCUGUGGCGUUAAGGACACCACCCAGAUCCACACGCACAUGUGCUACUCGAAUUUCAACGACAUUAUCCACAGUAUCAUUGACAUGGACGCCGACGUUAUCACAAUUGAGAACUCCCGUUCAGACGAGAAGUUGUUGAGCGUGUUCCGUGAGGGUGUGCACUACGGAGCUGGAAUUGGUCCUGGUGUAUAUGACAUUCACUCUCCUAGAAUCCCACCGACAGAAGAGAUGGCCGACCGCGCCCGCAAGAUGUUGGCUGUAUUGGAAUCGAAGGUUUUAUGGAUCAACCCCGACUGCGGUUUGAAGACCAGGAAAUACGGUGAAGUGGUGCCAGCCUUGACAAACAUGGUGAACGCCGCCAAGCAAUUGCGUGCCGAGCUGGCGAAGUGAAAGUAUUCUAGAAGAGUACUACGCAUGCCUGAAACGUAGUUGUUUUGGUCUUGUCCUUCGAUUAUAUAUUUAGAACCUUGCCAUUUUCUAGGAUUUCGCAUGGUGACGGGUGGUAUACGUCCAGAGUUGUUGGGGUGUUACCCAUCCAUUUUGUAUCGCUCUGCUGAUUCAUCUUCUGGAACACUGAUUAAUAUUCGGGAAGUCUUGUUCAUUCACUGAAGAGAUUUACUUAGAUUGCCACUAAAUUAAAAACUUGAAGAGCAAGUACAUAAACUUGCUCCCGGAACGGAAUAUUUUUUGAAGGGGUACUAUUAAAA